AUGUUCAACAUACCUUUCAUCUCCCUUAUCGUCAUCCUCUUUUACGUUGCGCCAUCGGCACAAGCACUGAAAUCGUGGUAUACUCCACCAGGAGGUACACCAGCAGGAUCAGUCGCGGGCGAUAAAGUCCGAGGUGUCAACUUGGGAGGAUGGUUCAUAUUGGAAAAUUGGAUGAUGCCUAGUUUCUUCGAAGAUGAAGUAUUGAAAGAUACCUAUAUCAAUGACGAGUGGUCAUACUGCUCAUACCUUGGUAAAGAAGAAUGUCUAAAUCGACUAGAAAAACAUUGGGAUUCAUAUAUAACAGAAGAUGAUUUCAAGAGAUUCGCCAAUUAUUCCUUGAAUACUGUUAGGAUACCUAUGGGUUAUUGGUCAUGGACAGAUCCAGAGGAAUACGAACCAUACAUUCAAGGUCAAUUACCGUACCUCGAAAGGGCGCUAAACUGGUCAAGUUGGUACGGUCUAGACGUCUUGAUGGACUUACAUGGACUACCAGGCGGUCAGAAUGGUCAAGAUAAUCAAGGAUACAAGGGUCCGAUCGAGUUUCAAAAUAAUGCAACUAACAUGGAAAGAGCCAUGGAUGCCUUGGCGAAUAUGACUAAGUUUGUCACUCAGGAUAAAUUCGAUGGAGUCGUGAAGGCAAUUCAACUCACCAACGAACCAUACAUCCUUGAAUAUUCCUCCAGCGGAAUGGAUUUCAACGUCCUGGCGGAUUUCUAUGUCCAGGGUUAUAACACAGUCAGAGCCAACGAACAUAUCUUAUCUGGUUCCAAUGAAGUGAUGGUAGUCAUACAUGAUGCUUUCCAACCUGUAUUGAAUUGGAAGUAUUUCUGGUCACAGGAGAGUAUGGGUUUGAAUUGGACGAACUACGCUUUAGAUAGUCAUAUCUAUGAUGCCUUUGGGGGUUCCAAUUUGAAAACUUAUCAAGAACAUCUGGAUACGAUCUGCGCUCAGGCGGCUGCUAUCUCCGAAGCUCAGACCUAUUUCCCUGUGAUUGUCGGUGAGUUCUCUCUCGGGACCAACACCUACUGCGUAGAUUACCAGAGCUGUUUCGGUCUGACCCUCGACGAGGUGAUCUCGAAUAUCACGUCAUCGUACGAAGCCAACCUGUUCAUGAGGCAGUUCUGGGAAGUUCAAAGUGAUGUCUACGAGCUGGGAGCAGGAUGGAUCUUCUGGUCGGUACAUCACGAACUGGCCGGUCCAUGGAGUUGGACCCAGUCAGCCGCGCAGAAUUGGCUACCUGAGGAUCCUACUGAGAAAAUUUGGCCAUUCUACUCCAAUGCUUCUUCAUACUGCUUGGAUACUUACAACCCUAUUCAGGGAGAUCAAAAUAUGCCUUAUUUCCCUACUUACGCCAAUAAUUACACCAACAUCGAUAUCUCAACCGUAACAAGGAAAUACUAUGUCAAUUCAACGGGAACUGAGGCAAUAGCAAAUUCGACUGGUGUAACUUCAACGGAUGAUUCCACUUCUACGAGCAAUAGCUCUUCUUCUACCACAACGAAUAGUACUUCAUCUGCAACGUCCGCAGCCAGCGCAUUGCAGAGGGCGUUGUUGGGUGUUGGAGGGUGGACAAGUUUGUUAUUCGUGCUUGGAUCAAUCACCUCAAUACUUUAG